AUGUCUAAGAAUAGCAGCAUGAAUAAUAAUAACAGGUCGCAAGAAUCAAACAACAUGUACGUACAAACCACUGGAGGUGGUAAGAACACUCCGAAGCAAAUUCACGUUGCGCACAGACGUUCUCAAAGUGAAUUGACUAAUUUGAUGAUUGAACAGUUCACUUUGCAAAAACAACUGGAACAAGUCCAGGCACAACAACAACAAUUAAUAGCCCAGCAGCAGCAACUGGCGCAACAAACAGGUCAAUACCUUUCAGGGAAUUCUGGUUCAGGGAAUCAUUUUACUCCGCAGCCUCCUCAGCCACAUUACAACUCGAACAGUAAUUCGCCCAAUAUGAGUGCAAGUGGCAGCAGAAGUAGAACUCACUCCAGGAACAACUCCGGAUAUUAUCAUGGUUCUCAUGAUAACAAUGGCAACAACAAUCCUGGAUCUAACUCACACAGGAAGACCAGUUCACAAUCCAGUAUUUACGGUCAUUCCAGAAGACAUUCUUUAGGUCUAAAUGAAGCUAAAAAGGCUGCCGCUGAAGAACAGGCUAAAAGGAUAUCUGGCGGUGAGGCAGGCGUGACUGUGAAAAUAGAUUCUGUUCAGCCGGAUAACAGUUCAGGUUCCACCGCAGAGCAAUCUGAAUUCAAAUUUCCCCCACCACCUAGUACCAAUCAGGGACACCGCCGCGCAACUUCAAAUCUAUCGCCACCCUCUUUUAAAUUUCCCCCAAAUUCUCACGGUGACAAUGACGAUGAAUUCAUAGCUACUUCUUCGACGCAUCGCCGUUCAAAGACAAGAAACAAUGAAUAUUCACCAGGCAUCAAUUCUAACUGGAGAAAUCAAUCCCAGCAGUCUCAACAGCAGCUCUCUCCUUUUCGUCACAGAGGUUCCAAUUCAAGGGAUUAUAAUUCUUUCAACACUUUAGAACCACCCGCAAUAUUUCAACAGGGCCACAAACACCGUGCUUCUAAUUCAUCUGUCCAUAGUUUUAGCUCUCAGGGCAACAACAAUGGUGGUGGUGGUGGACGUAAAUCCCUAUUUGCUCCUUAUCUCCCCCAAGCUAAUAUUCCAGAGUUAAUUCAGGAAGGAAGAUUGGUAGCUGGUAUUUUAAGAGUUAACAAGAAAAACAGAUCCGAUGCUUGGGUUUCUACAGAUGGUGCCCUUGACGCCGACAUCUACAUUUGCGGUUCCAAAGACCGUAAUAGAGCCCUCGAAGGUGAUUUAGUCGCGGUUGAGUUAUUAGUCGUAGAUGACGUUUGGGAAUCAAAGAAAGAAAAGGAAGAAAAGAAAAGGAGGAAAGAUGCUUCUAUGCAACAUGAUAUAAUUCCUUUGAAUAGCAGUGACGACUACCACAACGAUGCAUCCGCCACUGCCGCAACAAGCAAUAAUUUUCUAUCUUCUCCUUCCUCAUCUGACUCUCUAAACAGAGACGAUUCGUCCGUCAGAAGAAAUAGAUCAUCAACAAUCAAUAACGAUAGUGAUGCUUUAUCAUCUCCUACUAAAACGGGAGUAAAGAGAAGAAGUUCGUUGAAACAACGUCCAACUCAAAAGAAAAAUGACGAUGUUGAAGUUGAAGGCCAGUCCUUGUUGUUAGUUGAGGAGGAGGAGAUUAAUGAUAAGUACAAGCCUCUUUACGCGGGCCAUGUCGUUGCCGUUUUGGAUCGUAUCCCCGGUCAAUUAUUUAGUGGGACACUGGGAUUAUUGAGACCAUCUCAACAAGCUAACAAUGACAAUAAUAAACCACCACAGAGCCCAAAGAUUGCCUGGUUCAAGCCUACUGAUAAGAAGGUUCCACUAAUCGCAAUUCCAACAGAAUUGGCCCCGAAGGACUUUGUAGAGAAUGCAGAUAAAUAUUCAGAGAAACUAUUUGUUGCUUCUAUCAAACGUUGGCCAAUCACAUCUUUGCAUCCGUUUGGUAUUUUGGUUUCUGAACUUGGGGAUAUCCACGAUCCAAAUACUGAAAUUGAUUCUAUUUUAAGAGAUAAUAAUUUCCUUUCAAAUGAAUACUUGGACCAAAAAAAUCCGCAAAAAGAAAAGUCAAGCUUCCAACCGCUACCACUGACAGUUGAAAGUUUGGAAAAUAGAAAGAAUUUCACAGACGCUAAUGAAUACAAUAUCCUUGCGAUUUCAGAACUUGGAUGGGUCUCGGAAUUCGCAUUGCAUGUUAAAAAUAAUGGGGAUGGGACUCUAGAGCUAGGCUGUCACAUUGUUGAUGUAACUAGUCAUAUUGAAGAAGGCUCCUCUGUUGAUAGACGUGCAAGAAAGAGGUCAUCCGCGGUAUUUAUGCCCCAGAAACUUGUCAAUUUGUUGCCACAAUCUUUCAAUGAUGAACUAUCACUCGCACCUGGUAAGGAAUCUGCCACUAUAUCUGUCGUAUAUACUCUAGAUUCUUCUACAUUGAGAAUUAAAACUACUUGGGUAGGCGAAUCCAUAAUCUCUCCAUUGAGUGUCCUAUCUUUGGAACAAUUGAACGAAAAGUUAUCAAUCGGAAACUCUGAUAGUUACCUUUCUUCCGUACAGGAAAUCGCAAGAUCAUUUUAUGCUAGGAGAAUAAAUGAUCCUGAAGCCAAAUUGCUUCCUACACUCUCACUACUGGAAAGUUCAGAUGACGAAAAGGUCAAAGUUGACUUGAACAUCUUAGACAGAACUCUAGGUUUUGUUGUCAUAAAUGAAAUCAAAAGAAAAGUUAAUGCGACUGUGGCAGAGAGAAUCUAUACCAAGCUUGGUGACUUGGCCCUUUUAAGAAGACAAAUGCAGCCCAUUGCAACCAAGAUGGCAUCAUUCAGGAAGAAAAUUCAAAACUUCGGCUAUGAUUUUGAUGUCAGUACGGCCGAUGAAUUAAUUAAAGCAGUUUUAAAAAUUAAAGAUGAUGAUGUAAGAGUUGGAAUUGAAAUUCUACUGUUUAAGACUAUGCCAAGAGCCAGAUACUUUAUUGCCGGGAAAGUUGAUCCAGACCAAUAUGGUCAUUAUGCUUUAAACCUACCUAUUUACACGCAUUUCACAGCACCAAUGAGAAGAUAUGCUGACCAUGUGGUUCACAGGCAGUUGAAAUCUGUUAUUCACGAUGUUCCGUAUACUGAAGAUAUGGAGGCUUUGAAGAUUACAUCUGAGUACUGUAAUUUCAAGAAAGACUGUGCUUACCAAGCCCAGGAACAAGCCAUUCACCUACUGCUAUGUAAAACAAUCAACGACAUGGGUAACACUACAGGUCAAUUGUUAACGGUUGCCACUGUGUUACAAGUCUACGAGUCUUCCUUUGAUGUUUUUAUCCCAGAAUUUGGCAUUGAAAAAAGGGUUCAUGGUGACCAACUACCAUUGAUCAAAGCUGAGUUCGACGGCACCAAUCGUGUUUUAGAAUUGCAUUGGCAGCCUGGCGUGGACAGCGCCACCUUUAUUCCACCUGAUGAGAAAAAUCCAAAAUCCUAUAGGAAUUCCAUCAAGAACAAAUUCAGAUCUACAGCCGCUGAAAUUGCUAACAUUGAACUCGAUAAAGAAGCUGAGGCGCAAUCACUGAUCAGCGAUCCACUAAGUAGGGAACUUAGCGACUUGCAUCUAACGGUACCAAGCUUAAGGUUACCGUCUGCGGGCAAUACCAAGCAGAAUGCUCUGGAUAAAUUCAUUUCUACUACUGAAACGAGAAUCGAAAAUGAUAAUUAUAUACAAGAAAUACACGAACUGCAAAAGAUCCCUAUUUUAUUGAGAGCUGAAAUAGGGAUGGCUUUGCCAUGUUUAACCGUCCGUGCAUUAAAUCCAUUUAUGAGGAGAGAAUAG